GUGCGUUUACAGUGGGGGCGUGGCCCAGCCGCGGCUUAGGCGGACUCCGGGGCUUAGGCAGACGCCGGCGCCAUGGAGGAGUACGCUCGGGAGCCCUGCCCAUGGCGAAUUGUGGAUGAUUGUGGUGGAGCCUUCACCAUGGGUGUCAUCGGUGGCGGAGUCUUCCAGGCCAUCAAGGGCUUCCGCAAUGCCCCUGUUGGAAUUCGGCACCGAUUGAGAGGUAGUGUCAACGCAGUGAGGAUCCGAGCCCCUCAGAUUGGAGGUAGCUUCGCAGUGUGGGGGGGCCUGUUCUCCACCAUCGACUGUGGCCUGGUGCGGCUGCGGGGUAAGGAGGAUCCCUGGAACUCCAUCACCAGCGGAGCAUUGACCGGGGCUGUGCUGGCUGCCCGCAGUGGCCCACUAGCCAUGGUGGGCUCAGCAAUGAUGGGGGGCAUCCUCUUGGCCCUCAUCGAGGGUGUUGGUAUACUCCUCACUCGCUACACCGCCCAGCAGUUCCGCAACGCACCCCCGUUCCUGGAGGACCCCAGCCAGCUGCCCCCUAAGGAGGGUACCCCGGCCUCAGGCUAUCCCAGCUAUCAGCAGUACCACUGAGGAAGUGACCACCUGUUACCACCAUCGUGGGAGCUCCUCCUCGGUUCCCUCCCCGAUGAUCUACCUCGAAGGGAGGACUGGCUCCCAGUUGGCCCUGGGACCCUCCAAAGAGGGCCUCUACUCUCUUUGUUCCCUUGUCCCAGGGUGGGGGUGGGGCAUCCCAGCUGCCCUGAUGGAUGGGUCCCCUUCCUUCAGGGCACCCCAGCCCCACACUCACAUGUAACAAGCUCUCACCCCAGCCCCUUCCUGUGGCGCCCUGAUGAGUAUUUAAAGCCAGUUUUGAAAUGCCUACGUAUGUACUCAUUAAGCUACCUGUGGGAUACCCCCCACCUUGAGAUAAAAGACAGAGAGCCCUCUUCAGGGACUCAGAAGCCCUGAAUUUGGAGACCCACAGAGAGUGGGCCUUAGUGAAUAUAGGAUGAAUGACCAGGAGGAGGAAUGAAUCAAGAUGUGAAUAGAUUCAUGAAUAAGCGUGUGGGGGCCAAGUAAUGAAUCAUCAGUAUAUAGAAGAAUAGGCUUGGGAAAGAAGUGAGGGAACACAGGGAUUGCUGGCGUUGAGGGAGCGGCUCUGCACACGGCACCCCUGACCCCUCCAUCCCAGGCCCCCAUUGCCUCACAAUGAACUCUGCGGUUCUGGGUACCAUUGGCGUGAAGAUAGUCUCCCUCCAUAUGGCCUCACCAGGGACCUGGGAAGAAGUAAGGGUCAGGGAGACCCAGCUUCCUUGAAGAAGGGUCCUGUGUCAGUCUCCUCUUUUGCACCACAGAGAUACUUCUGCUCUGCCAUGCUCUGUGCUGUCAGGACUUUUUAGGGAGAACCACAAAAUAAAUGAGUUUUCAUUUUGGGGCAGGUAGGUUAUGGGAAAAUUUUUUCUGGAUGGACAUCGCCUCCAAACGCUGCCUCUUCCAUGUAAACCCCUGCAUGGGUGAGGCAAACAUUGCAUCCACUGAGGUGCAAGUGCUCCAGUGCAAGUAGUCUCAUAGGAGGCAUAAAAGCUGUCCCUUUUGUGCAAUCCAUCACAAACAGGUAGAAAGUCCCUCAUACAAAAUCACGCCCUGGAGGUGCAAAUGCUAAGUCCCAGGGCCUCCAAAGGCUUCAACAGGGACCAAGUGGUUCUCAGUGGUAGCAGGAUCGCAGCACUGCGUGCUUGACUGACUCAAUGCCAGGCAGAGCCCAGCCAUCCCAGUGAAGACCCUGGCUGGGGAGGGCAGCAGGCACCGUGCACAGGGCUCUCAGGGCCUCAGCAAGGCCCCAUCCUCAAACUUGUGGCUCCACACGCAGGUCUGUGUAGGACCAAGGUCCCGGUCAGACCCAGGGUGUCUCAGGCUGUGACUCGCGUUUCUGGCCCACUGCUUUUGUCCUGCCCCUUCUGUAUACGUAGGUCCUGCCCUUCCUCAGCUCCAGGGCACAUUCCGUAGACCCCACCCUGAUCAUCUCUAACACUGUCCCAUUAGCUUUUCUGAGACUCCCUUCCAGUAGUCCUCAAGCUCCACCCUCUUAAGUUGCUGUGUUCCAACACACCCUUUUGUCUUCAGGCUCCACCCCCUCCCUAUCUUUCUUGCUGGCCCUCUAAGGUUCCUGCAGACCCUACUCCUUCAUAAACCAACCCAGGCUCCUCUGAAGCCCAGCCCCUACUGUAUCUCUUUGGUGUGUUCCAAAUGGGCCCCGCCCCCACAGCUCCCUAAUCUGCAGCUUCCCAGCCUCAGCCUCUAGACCUCUUUGGAACUUCAGACCCCACCCUCUCCCACCCCUUCAGGCAAUCCCAAACCCUAGGUGCUGGGGUCACCGGCUCCCGAGUCACGGUGGGGGGUGUCAGGAUCCUCAGGCCCCGCCACCUGACCCAACGGCCUGCCUCACUUCCCAAACAAAAGGAUGUGGGCUCAGACCCCUGGUGGUUUGCACCCGCAGGGACUGCAGAGAAUGGGAGAAGGCAGGAGUGCAGCAGAAGUAGGUGAAAAAAGGAAUAGGAACUGGACAGACAUACACAUAGGGAAAUAAGAGACACUAAUGGAGACGCACAAAGAGAUGCAGGCAGAAACAUACAAGAGAUAAAAGACAAGAGAAAGGACAGAGACUGUAAGAGAAACAGGAAGACUGGAGGUCAAAAAUGCAGGUACGGCCCUGGCUGGGUAGAACAUUCGGUUAGGGUGUUGCCCUGGUAAGCCAAGGUUGCAGGUUCCAUCCCUGGUCAGGGCACAUACAAGGAUCAGCCAAUGAAUGCAUAAGGGGAACAACGAAUGUUUCUCUCUGCCCUGCCCCCACUCCCCUUUCUAAAAGUCAGUCAAUCAAUAAAAAGAAAUGCAGUUGUGGACAGGCAAGAACUUCAGGUUGAGAUGGAGGCAAACACAGGAGUGAAGGCGAGGUGGCAUUGUAGAGCUGUGAGCUGGAUUGAGGGGCUCGGCUGCCAGAAGCCUUCCAGGCCAGGUCUCAGGCCAUCUGCCCACUUAACUUAGAGCUGAGGGCCCUCAGAGAGGCAGAGAGAUGCCAGCCUACACUCUUGAAUCCUCUCUCCAUCUCAUCUCUAAUCCCAUCUGCUUUCAAUAAGAAUUUCAGCUCCUUCCAUUCAGGUUCUUCUUCCUGCCUUCUUCCUCCCAGCAUUAUCCCUUUCUGUCUUGAUCUCAGUCUUUCUCCCUUAUUUUUUUUUCUUUGAUCUUCCAGACUGGUGGCUGUCUUUCCCUGUGGUCCAUGUAUUUGCCAUAAACCUGUCCACACGAUGGUGGGGGGUAUAUUUGGUGGGUCGCAGAGAUGGACAGAAUCAGGGAAGAACAGGGAGUCCAACCUGAACAGUGAGGUGGGGGAAUCACCCUAUCCACUUCCUGAGGCAGAGUCCCUGGGAGGAUGGGAAGAGAGACAGAGAAUGGGGAAAUCAAAGACAGAGAAAGAUACCAAGAGAAAAGUCAGAGUUUACAGCGACGUUAAAAGGAGAGACAGAUUCAGAGAAAAAGAAACACCAAAAAAGAAAAAGUACAAGUGAA